AUGGAGGACGGCGGCGGGGCGGCGGGGGGGGCCGCGCCCCCCGGGGGCCCCGCCCGCCCGCUCUGUCUUUAUAUCAAAGUUUUCUCGCAUUUGGAUAGUAACCAGUCAUUGGAUGUUUGUGGUUGGUAUGCAGAAUUUUCUUGCAGAUUCAUAGAUGAUGAAAGUCACGCAGAAUCAAAACUCCAGCACGAACAGGAAAAAUCAAACUCCCUUCCCAUUCCUUCAGUUUCCAAGCGAAUUGUGCUUGGUGAUUCUGUCUGUAAUAUGGCAGGCACGGCUGACCACGCAGGCAGCAUGGUAGACCUCAAAGGGGAUAAGGACUUGUUCGGUAAAACUCCAGAUCUUGUCAAUGAGGGUACAAGUGAGCUCCGUCUCCGUAAUAGAGGGGAACUGCCAUCUGAAGCUGCACCACGGCCACCUAGACAUGGAUUAGACCAGUACUUAUCCAGAUUUGAUGAAGCUCUGAAGCUGAGGAACCAGCUGAUGAAUGAGAAGCCAAGCCAAGAGAAUGGGAAUGCAGUGGAGGAGUUUGACUCUUUCCGCAUAUUUAGAUUGGUGGGAUGUGCUCUGCUUGCCAUCGCAGUCAGGGCUUUUGUGUGCAAGUACUUGUCAAUAUUUGCACCAUUUCUUACUCUACAACUUGCUUACAUGGGACUGUCCAAGUACUUUCCAAAGUGUGAGAAGAAGGUGAAAACGACAGUAUUAACUGCUGCUCUUUUACUGUCUGGAAUCCCUGCAGAAGUGAUUAGUCGCUCCAUGGACACCUACAGCAAAAUGGGAGAUGUUUUCACAGACCUUUGUGUUUAUUUCUUUACUUUUAUCUUUUGCCAUGAACUUAUUCUGUUUUUUGGUUCUGAAGUACCAUGAUGGCUGUAGAAUUCAACACAGUAGUUACGCUAAAGCUUUCUGGACUGUAUUCCUUUAACGUCUAACUGUGCAGAGAGGUUUAAACCUUCAUUAAAAUUAUUACCUGUUCGAAUGCUUGAAAGGAGCCUUAAAUCCAGUCAUUUUGGGAAAGGAAGAGCAGGGUCCCAGACUGCCAGUUGUAUUGGUUCAGUUUAUUUAAAUACUGUGUCUGCCUAUUACAAAUGUGAAGAAUAGGAUGCAAGUGUCAGUGGAUGAUUUAUCUUGUUUAGUUAGAUGAUGCCCUUCUCAGCCUCCUUCAUAAACAUUUACAAAGCUGCCUUUGUUUUCCAUGAGAACAAAGAGAAGAGAAUUCCUUUCAGCAGAACCAUAUAUCGCUCGCUCUCUCCAGUAUGACUAUAGCUAACAAGAACUGCUCGUUUUGUGGUGUUCCCAUUUUUUUAAGAAAGCUCUAAAUAAAAGAAAUCCCUGUGUUCUGUUGUUCAAAUUCAGAAUGUUGAACCAAGUAGCUGCUUCUGGAGAAUGUUGG